CCUGGGCGCCUGCAGCCCCGGCGCACGGCCCCCGGCGGGAGUUGGGGCUUGGGGGGCGGCGGCGGUGGGGCGGCGAGGAGAGCCGGGGUGCGCACCUGGGCCCCCCUGGCCAUGGCGGCGAAGGUGGACCUGAGCACCUCCACCGACUGGAAGGAGGCAAAAUCGUUUCUGAAGGGCCUGAGUGACAAGCAGCGGGAGGAACAUUACUUCUGCAGGGACUUCGUCAGGCUGAAGAAGAUCCCAACGUGGAAAGAGACAGCGAAAGGGGUGACCUCGAAGGUAGAAGAGCCGAAGUACAAGAAGGACAACAAACUGAAUGAGAAGAUUUCCCUGUUCCGAGGCGACAUCACCAAGCUGGAGGUGGACGCCAUUGUCAACGCCGCCAACAGCUCUCUGCUCGGAGGUGGCGGUGUGGACGGCUGCAUCCACCGGGCCGCUGGACCCCUCCUCACCGACGAGUGCCGGACCCUGCAGAGUUGCGAGACCGGCAAGGCCAAGAUCACCGGCGGCUAUCGGCUGCCGGCCAAGUAUGUCAUCCACACGGUGGGCCCCAUCGCCCACGGAGAGCCCAGCGCCACCCAAGCUGCCGAGCUCCGUAGCUGCUACCUGAGCAGCCUCGACCUGCUGCUGGAGCAUCGGCUCCGCUCUGCGGCAUUCCCCUGCAUCUCCACCGGCGUGUUUGGCUACCCCAACGAGGCGGCGGCAGAGGUCGUGUUGGCCGCGCUGCGCGAGUGGAUGGAGCAACAUAAGGACAAGGUGGACCGGCUGAUCAUCUGUGUGUUCCUGGAGAAGGACGAAAGCAUCUACAUGCAACGGCUCCCGUACUACUUCCCUGCUGCCUGACAGCACCCACCGCCCACCCUGCCCGGUACUGACUCACCUGGGCCUACUGGACCUCGCUCCCAGCUCUAAGAGGUCCCCGGAGCCUGCAGCCCGGGCCCCCCAUUCUCCCCCUCAGCGCCUCAGAAGCCUCCUAAUAAAGACCCUCCCCUCCAGUGUCACAGCU